AUGGCUGUCAAAAGUGGAAGUAGAGAAAAGUUGAGUUUGGCCUGAAUAAAAAGACAAAACAAUAUUUAUGAUAGAGGCAUUUCUAGGUACCGUUUGUUUACAGAAAAUGAAAAUCCAGUAAAUACUUACACAGUUUUGUCCAAGAACUACAUUUUAGAUUCACAGAUUUCUAUAUAUUUCUAGACACAAUGAUUGCUGGCCAAAAAGAUUGUAUUAAAGCAUGGAUGUUACAGACUCACAGAAUAGAUGUACAAAAUGAUUGGUUGCAAGCUUGCUUAGACUGGAUACAAGAAGAACAACAGGAAAGUAAUACUGCUAACAAUGCUGACAGUGUGAAAAAUUUAGUGUUCGAGCAAUGGCUGAUGUCAGAUCUGCGAGAACUUCAUAGUUGCUGUCUCCCAGAUAACUUACAAGAAAACAUCAAAACUACUAUUUCUGGAAGUUUUCCAUUACAAAUCGAGUCAAUAAUAGACGUAGGAUCGUCAUGCUAUUCGCAACUACAGAAAGUAAAGGGAACAGAAAAUGCUAAUGUUGGAGUUUCAGCUGAUACUAGUAUACAGCCUGGUUAUUGGGAGCCCAAACCAAGUAAAAUGUUAUAUUUCAAACUAACUGAUGGUACCAAUGAUAUACAAGCAAUGGAAUAUAAACCUAUUUCUUCUAUAGGUAUUGACACGGUUCUAGGUACAAAAGUGUUAGUGCACGGUGAUGUUGUAUGUAGAAGAGGUGUUUUAUUAUUAACAUCUAAUAAUACUCAUGUUUAUGGUGGAGAAGUUGAUACUUUGAUAGAAGAUAACCCACCAGAACAUCUUCUUCAACAAGCUUUAGAGGAAAAUAUGCAGCAUUCUGGUAAAGGAGAUUCCAGACAAUUUUCUGGAAAGUUUAUUGAAAGGGGAGAUAAUUCAUUGAAGAAAAAAGAAAGUCAGUCAAAAUGUUCAACAAGCAGAAAUCAGUCAAGUUCCCAAUUCAGUCAAAUAAAAGAAGAAUCUAGCAGUAUCAAUCCAUCUAUUAAAUUAGAAACAACAACCAAUCCAUCAGAACUAAGAAACAAUACCAGUUCUAGAUCACAAACAUCAUAUUUUAACCAACAACAGUCAUCAAGACUUCAAAAUCAACCAAAGCCACAUGUUGUGCAGCAAUCACAGAACCUGUUGGAUUCUGGGUGGGGUGAUGAUUUCGAAGAUGAUAUGUUUAUGGAUGAUAUCGAUGAUAAUAUUUUACUGUCCAUUGAAACACCUCCGGUUUACCCACCUUCAAAUCCAUCACGGUCAAUUUCUAAUAUUACAAAUAGAACUGCUAUAAAUUCUAAUCAACAAACAGAAACCAUUUCUUUUAAUCGCAGUAAAAUUGGUUCCACUGGCAACUCAUCUCAUUCUGUUCAACAAACAAUCUUUAAUAAUGGUAGUGCUCAGACUUUUUCGGAGAGAACUCAAGGUACCAAAUGCCAGCGUGAAUCCACAGACACUCCUCAAUCACGAAAUAAAAGACAAAAAGUGGAAAAACAACAAAAAAUGGAGAAUAUAUUUACGUCUAUUAAACGUGAAGUACAUGUCACAAAACCUGCACCUACGAAGAGUUUAAAUUUUAACGAUAAUCAACUAACUGCUUUUGCUGAGAACAAUGACCAUUUUGAACAAUUCGAUGAUGAUUUUGACUGUCUGAAUGAGGAUGAUUUUGAUCUACCUGAUGUCAAUGUUAGUGCUGUCAAACCAGAAGUGCCGAAAGCUGUGAUUCAUCCAUUUAAUUCAUCGUGCCACAGACAGAACUCAGUUAAUAUUGAACCUAUUGUUGAGAAUACAGUUGAAGAAAUUGAACCCUUUACUUAUAUAUCAUGUAUUUCAUCUCAGAUGCCUUUUAUGGAGGAAAGGUGUUUUAAAAUUAAGGCCUAUAUAUCAACACUAACGAGUAAACUGACCAGUGGUCAAGGUGAAGCAUGGACAUUAGCAUGUAAAAUAAAUGAUGGUAGUAUGGCCAUGGAUGUUGAUCUUUCUAACAUGGUUUUAACAGGAUUGAUUGGGUUUUCUGCUGAAGAUAGUAUUAUAAUGAGGAAACAAGCUAGAACAGAUUCUUCUAUAAAAGAUGUUCUAUUAGAGGGAAUUCAACAAUGUCAACAGAAAUUGGUGGAUUUAUCUUGCAUAUUAGAAAUAAAAGUGAAAGCGAUUUCAAUCCGACCAAUGAUAACACAGAUAAUUAACAUUAAAAACCAGCACUUAAAAUCAUUAUUACAACGAGUUGAAAGAAAAUUAACAGAAAUAUGAUAAUUGUUCAGUUGUAUUGUAUUAUAAAUAAAUUUAUCAAUUAUAA